AUGUCACAUAGAAGUCGAAGAAUUUUGGGUUUGGUUUUGAAAACUAAGGAGUCCCAUAGUGACCACACAUCUGCCAGAUUAUCGGAAUGCGUAAAACAAGAUACCUGUGAUAUUCCAAUGUUUCAGAAAAUAAGUCAAGAGAAUAUAGAAAAUUUUAAUCCAUGCGAUAACCAACCGCAAAAUGACAUAGCCAUUACAACUACACCCGUACUUGAAUUGGAGGUUACUGUUAACAAUACAACAAAGAAUGAUGGAACAUUUCAUGUAUACGAUAAUAGCGUACGAGAGCGAAGAUUGUGUACUAGAGAUGAUCCAAUUAUUAUUUCUCCUCGAUACACUGAUGAGAGUGAUUUAGAUGACGAUAUAGAGGACCCAACUUACAACUUUGAGGACAAAUUUGCUAACUUUUCUGGUCAUAUAAAUAAGAAUUAUUUAUUACCAUCGCGUUCGAACUCAGAUACUGAUUCUACAGACCAGCACGUCAAAGCAGGAUUAAUCCUGUUCACCAAUGAGUAUAAAUAA